UCAACUGAAUGACAUACAGAAGCACACUUGUUGCACUCCAUACCCUCUCUUUUCCGGACAGAAUAUUUGUUCUUCUAAGGAGUUUCUUUGUAUUUUUUUUUUCCAUUCAGGUGAAACACAGCCUUAACCCUCUUUCCUUUCACCUCGGAGGAUCUUCUGUGACUUCUUGUUUGGGAUUUUUCCUUCUUUUUUUUUUUUACAGCUUGGUCCCCGAUCUGUGUGAAUACAAACCUCCUCCGUUCCCCUUGCCUUCCUUUCUCCUUUCCCCCUCCAUUUCCCGGGCUAUGCUCUCCUCACCCACUGUGAUCCUCCAGCCUUACGGACUUCCCGUCUACCCACAGACAACCACAUGCUACCCCAGCAUAGUUCAGGGGGGGCCUGCCCAGGAGGCCGGCGCCGGCAGCGGAGACCCCGCCCUCCCCCAGGUCUACGCCCCUCCCCCCUCGUACCCUCCACCGACCCAAGGCCCACCGGUGUCUGCCGGCAGAUUGCCCACUCUUGAUUUCAGCUCCCCACACCACAGCUCUGACUACCCCGAACACCCCCAGCUCAGAGUCUAUCAGGGCCCCCAGCACGAGGGGGCUGACACCCUGACCUCCAGCAACACGGAGGACGCUUUGGCCGCCGUGACGUCCGACCCUCAGUCUCUCAGUGUUGCCGUGCCAUCGGGGGCCGGAGCGGGAAGCGGGACAGAGGAGGAGAGCUCAGGGAAGGCCCAACCAAAACGCCUGCAUGUCUCCAAUAUCCCUUUCCGUUUCAGAGACCCAGACCUCCGGCAGAUGUUUGGGCAAUUUGGCAAAAUCCUUGAUGUAGAAAUCAUCUUCAACGAACGAGGAUCAAAGGGUUUUGGAUUUGUGACUUUUGAGAGUGCUACAGAAGCAGACCGAGCGAGAGAAAAGCUAAAUGGGACGAUUGUAGAAGGGAGGAAGAUUGAGGUCAAUAAUGCCACUGCAAGAGUAGUUACCAAGAAGCCUCAGACACCGCUUUUGAAUGGAGAAAUUUCAACAUCUGGUUGGAAAAUCAAUCCUGUAAUGGGGGCAAUGUAUGCGCCUGAGCUUUAUACAGUCGCCAGUUUUCCAUAUCCUGUAGCGACUCCUACCUUGGCCUACCGGGGAUCGGCACUGCGGGGCCGGGGUCGUGCCGUCUACAACACCAUUCGCUCUGCAGCAGGCAGUCCUGCAGCCGUGCCUGCCUAUCCUGGGGUGGUAUACCAGGAUGGACUGUAUGGAGCAGAAGUUUAUGGUGGAUAUCCUACAGCGUACAGAGUGGCUCAGUCUGCAUCCGCUGCCACCGCAGCCUACAGUGAUGGGUACGGACGAGUUUAUACCGCAGCAGCCGACCCUUAUCACCACUCAGUUGGACCAACGACGACAUACGGAGUCGGUACAAUGGCUAGCUUGUACCGAGGAGGAUACAACCGCUUCACGCCGUACUGAGCCUCCCCAGAUGUUUGCAUCUGUCAUGAACUCUGGGUCGGGGGAAAGGUCAUGGAAUCUUAAAGCUUGGAAAUGUGGAAAAGCUGUGUGUGUACAUUAUCUUCUAUUGAGACUAACAAGAGUGUCACAGUGGAUCCUUUAGGACCCGUUUGUCUGCUGAAGAAAAAAGGAUCUGACGUAAUUUAUUAAGCUUUUACCUGAGUUUGUUUUAGUGAACCGACUUUACAGAGACAUUGGCUGGUGUUAAAUGCUGUGAGACUAGUUUUGUGUGUUUUUAAAAGAAAAAAAACAAACAUCAAAAACAUUUCAGGGGUCAGAAUGUACAAAAAGACAUUUUGUACAAUAUUGAAUGACUUAUCUUGGAUGGUGCCCUGUUUUUGAGUGUGUGAGUGUGGGACAGAGACACAGCUGCAACGCUAGGAUCACCAACGACUUGUAAAGUGCCGUCUGUCUGGAUGUAGCUGGAAUCAAGUUUCUUCUCACCCUAACCAUCUACCUCUCGUGCAUUUUUUAGAUUUUCAGAUAGCUGUCGUGUUGUUUGGUCGGCUUCAUUGUCCAACCUUUCGGUACGUGUAGCCAAAUUGACACAGACAGUAGCUUUUGUUUUACAUUAACCUUUCUGGCUUUCUGGGAACUUUCUCGUCCUUGGCUGCAGCUCUUACUGUUAUUUCCUAUAUGUUAUGCCUUCUUUAUCACUCGGAGCUCUUGAAUAGUCUGUUUCUGCCUUUCCUUUGUUUCUAUUGCACUCUUUUUUUCUGCUAUGUUUGAUGUUUACCUCUGAUUAAACUUACUUUCCUCUCUUUUC